GUUAACCCUAGGGUUAGAGACAGUGCAAUGGCGUCUGGUGAUGAGAGUGGAAGUGAUCCAAGUAGUUUUGUGGGUAUUUUAGAUGAUGUGGAACGAAACCCCGAGCAACACCUCUACGUUCAACCAUCAGUCACAUUCUACACCUCAUCCAAUGGCGACCAUGUCCAAUCCAUCAAUGUGACAGCUUCGGAUAACGACAAUGCAGAUUUGACUUUGCUCCAGUUUGCCGCAGAGUUUGAUUUAACGGGGUUGUGUAUCGCGGAACAGGAGGAUAUUGAUCAGUUUGAAAGGCUUUUUACGAUACCCGGGACGUUUGAAGAUAUUGAACUGGUUGAAAAUCGGCAAUUUAUAGAGUCUAUUGAUUUGGAUCAAUUGUUGUUUCCCGACCCCGAGGAUGUGGUGACGGCUGCGCUACAAGUUCCUCUACCAGAUUCGCUUUUGCAUAAUGCGGGUGCGAGGGGAUUGUACGAGCGGUUGACGAGAGGGAGUAUGAUCCAGAUGAGUGAUACCUCUAUGGAUUAUACGGCAAUGGGGUCGGGUAUGGGUCCAGUGUCUGUUGGGACGGUAUCAGGAACAAGUUUGCCACCGUCGGCAAUGCCGACGAUGCAUGAGCAUCACCACCUUGUUGCGCACCAACUCGUUGGCCAGGGGAUACCCCUUCAUCCAUCUGUUAUCGGUGCAUAUGCAGGUGGACACCCAGUCUCAAAUGCCGAAUACUGCUUCCAACCCGCCAUGAUGUGGAACCCCUACGGACAAGGACACAUGUUUACCAGUAUACCACCACCAAUCCCACCCCCCACGACACAGUCAAUUUCUCAUAUCUCAUAUCCACAGCCCAUGAUCGAGGCGACUAGUACUGGAGGUCAAAGUUCGUCCAUCCCGGUCUCAAAACCCCCACAACAACCACAGAGAGCCAUAAAAACCCCCAAACCAACCAAGAAACGAAACAUCCGCAAAAAAGUUAAAUUCCUUGAACCCACUGACGGACUCUUCCAGUUACUGCUAACCGUGGCAUCCCACCACCCCUCUCAUUCCCUCGAAUACAUUGACAGUGGGUUGAGGGGGAUUGCCAAGGGGUUAUUGGGUUUAGGUGUAAAAGAGGAGGAUUUGGAGAGGAUUGUUGAAGAGUGUCAGAGGGAUGUUGAGAGGAGGUAUAGGGAGGUGGGUGUUGAGGAAGUGGGUGAGGAUGAGGUCGAGAAGAGACAGAGGAGGGAGGGAAAGAGACCUGUUUGA